CUCUUUUAGUAUAGCGUUGGCGUGCGAGACAGACGGUUCGGUUGAGCACAAGAUACACAAAGUACUUGACAAGCUAAAGCAACAACAAAAUAUAAGAAAAAACAACAACCAAAAACGAGUUCGAGUUCCGAGCAAUUAAUAUACAUACGAUAUAAGCACAUUUAGCGCAGGCGUUGAACUAGUGCGAACAAGAACAUUUCAAACAACAACAAAUAAAAGUAAAAGCGAAUAGACAGAGGGGCCUCAACUGGAGCUGGAGAACUGGAGCCAGUGCAGCAGAGGCAGCAGCAGCAACAGCAGCUAGAGCUGCCCUCCAACCACAAAGCAUACCAUAAACAACUCUCAGCCAAGAGCAGCUCGAGCGCGUCGAGUGUGCAAAUUAAAAGCGCACAGUAGCACGAAAGGAGCAGAAACAGCAACAACAACCACAGACGACAAACAACAACAACAUGGAAGUGGCAACAACAAACAAUCACAGUCAGAGCCAUCAUCAUCAUCAUCAUCAUCAUAAUCAUCUAAGUGGUGGUGCUGUCGGCAGUGGCAACAGCGUCAGCAGCGUCGGCGGUUCCCGUUCACCAUUUCAGCGCGAGGUGCGUGAAUGGCAACGCAUCGAUCCGGACACUGGCGCGCUGUUCAGCGGACGCUUGGAGGCAGAUCGCUGGAUAAAUGGACCACUGAACAGCUAUGGCAAGAUAUCCGAUUCCCAAAAUAUCUCACAGCCGAAUGGCACACAGCACACACAGCGUAAGCAAAUGGAGGUGCUGCGCACCGCCAAUGGCGCCAUGCAGGUGAUACGCACACAGACAGUACAAAAGACAUCAUCCACAUCCCGUUGGUCCACCUCCUCAUCCACCACAACCACACAGCAGCACACCUCAACCAACGGCAGAGCGCCAAUGGCGCUAUGGGCGCCUAGGUCCACCCAAGGCGUUGACAUUUGUGAGCUAAGCGAAGAUGACGAUAAUGACGAUGAUGAUGACAAACAUCAUGAUAAUGAUGAUGAGUAUAGCAUACAUAAUGGCAGCGACGCUGGCGUCGUCCACGAAUGCACGACUCCAUCGAAUCCAAGCGCUGGCCACGGCCAGGAGCUGGUUGAUGAUCAUGUUGAUUUUGUUGUGAUUAAUGGCCAAGCGGACGUCGACGAUGAUGACGGAGACGACGACGGUCAUUUGCACAAACUCGGCCACAAUUUGUUACCCGAUACUGCGCCAAGUUUGAAAUUGAGCAAUCUAAUGAAAAGCAGUUCGAGUAUUUCCAGCCAAAGCAGCAACAAUUCAAAUUUAACAACUGCAGCGGGUGGAGCGGGUGGAGCAGCUGGCAACAACACCCACAGAAAUGCGGGCAAAAUAAGCCUACAUGCAAUUGUUGGACAGACAGCCACAACAGCAGCAGCAACAUCAUCAACUUGGCCCCAGCGACUCGAGCAGGCUGACUUAUAUGGUCAGAGCAACAGCAACAACAGCCAAAAAAGUCGCGUGGGCGUUGCUGCUGACGUCGCGGCUGUGGCGACGCCAACGCUGCGUCGUGAUUUGGAAAGUUUCCGGCAUUAUGACGAUGACGAUGCCACCUCCAUCGAUGAAGAUUUGCGGCUCAGCGCACGGCAUCAGCGUCGCCAACAGGUGUCACAAUCCGUUUAUGCACCUCCGUUGCCAGUUAGCAGCACCAGCUUUGGCAGCUUGCAGCGUUCCCGUUCCAUAUCCACGGAUGAUCUCAGCAACGAUUGCUGGCAGCAGCAGACCGGCGAGGAGGAAUUGCCCUGCGGCGAUUGGCGACGCGUUAGCAAGCUCCGUCGUUCAUUUCAAUCGCAGGAUUACCACAACAAAGCACAAUCACGACCCAGGCCAUUGCCAUUGGAUUUGCCGAGCAGUUCGGUAAGUGUAGCGCGCAUCAGGGCGGAGCUGGAGAACGGACGCAGGCUAAAUACGGCAAUGCGCAACAAUCACGUGGAUCUGGCAGCUCUGGACAGCAUACUAAACACAACAGCCGCAUCAGUAGCAGCAGCAGUAACAGCUAACGCCGCAACAACUGCUGCAGCAAACGCAUCCCCAGCUUCGAGCAAGCCGCAGUUGGCAAAACGUGAAACAUUUCUGACUGCCGCCUCGCUGCAAGAGAUACGCGGAAAAUUGAAGAAGCUAUCGGACGAGAGCCUGUACAAGGAGGAUUUCGUGGCACAUCACGCAGCCAACAGGCAGCAAGCCACAAUCGAGGCGCCACCGCCGUCCGCUUUUCGUGCCGUUCACAAUACGCACAGCCUGGAAACGCGUCAACGGCCAAAGGACAAUAACUCUAGUGAAUGGCAUUUGCGUCGCAAGUCGUACGGCUUUGAGAAGAUGUCACCGCCCGAAAAUCGCAGCAUUUUUCGUGUGGACGCCUCCACCGACAGCGGCUUAGGUCGUUCGGGUGAACAAUUGGGCAACUGGUCGCCCACGGAGCGUACAGCAGCGGCUGCAGCAAAUGGAGCCGGCUCUACAAUUAUACACUUUGGCCGACAGCAGCAGGUGGGCAAACCGGCAAAUACCAGCGAAACGGAGCAGUUGAGCAAGCGUCAUUCGAUUGCCGUUGAGGAGACUUGGCGCGACAUAAGGAAAACUUCACAUGUGCAUGUUAAUGGCGAUUCCAUAAAUGGCAGCAAUAACAACAGCUCAAGUCAGCUGCAACGCAGCAGCGCACAGAAACGCGUUGAAUUCUGUAAAACAGAAGUGCACUUUGCUGCCGAAUCGGGCCGUGUUAAUAUUGUGGAAACUGAUGGCAAACCGCCACCCACGCAAAACUUUCGUCGGCGUCGACGCACAGCCAGUGGACCGCUGCAGAGUCUGGUGAAAUCGGCCAGCGUUAGCAGCACAACCAGCAGCAGCAGCAGCAGCAGCUCCAGCAACAAUGUCACCCACUUUGGCGACGAUCCCACAGUGCGAGCCAAAACCAUUGCCUCCAGCACAGUAGCCUAUCGCGCCACACUAAUGGAGCCACCAGAGCUGGUCACCCAACCGGUGGCUGGCACACAGGUAACUGUCAUAACGAAACCAUUAGUGGAGCCACGCUACAGUUUGCUGGAGACAACAAGCUCCACGUCGAGGCAUAGCUACACAUCCACCAGCGGUGUGGAUACAACCGACAAUGAAACAGACGAACUGGCCAAUAUACGCGGCAUAUUGAAGAAUAAGCCAGUCAAGCCGAAACCCUAUCAUUUGGGCGAGAAUAUAGAGAGCGCCGAUGUGCUCUGGAGCGUUCCAGCGACCAUGAAGAGUGAGAAUCGUGAGAACAGUCCGCCAGCUCGUGAUAAUGCAACUGGCGAAUCACCAAUAACCACCAAAUCGGUAGCGGAACGAGUCCGCAUCGUGGAGCAGAGGCAGCUCGAGAAGCAGCACCAGCAGCCAUCGCCAGCAGGAAAUGGCUAUUCGACAAAGAUCAAUGUGAAUCUGGGUGCCGAGGAGUGGACCGAAACAGAUCUGCCCAAGUCGAAUGUGAUGAACAUAGCAUUGCAUGCACCCCGGCUGCAGAAGCCGAAGCCCACACCGCCCACGCUGCGUAUUGGGCAGCUUGUGCCGGUAGCCAAGCCCCGUACGCUGCUCGUACAGCCUCAGCCCCAAAAGCAGAUGCAACCACAGCACGCGGACAAUGGAGAUGAGUCGGGCAGCGAAUCUCUAAAGAUUGUUCGCGAAGCGCGCGGCGCACGCAAGUUACGCGAGCAUGAGCUCUCCUAUUUUGGAGUACAACAUUCGCCGACGCCCACGCAGACCAACAGCAAGUUGAAUGCCACGCCCAGUAAUCCACGACGCACGCUGCCCACGCGCAACAAACAGAGCCACGCUGAGGAGGCAACGAAUGCACCAGCAAUAGCAACAACAACAACCACAACCAAGUGGCAACUAUUAAACGAUCGACCCGAUUUACUAAGGCACAGUCCACAGGCCAACGAUGAUUGCAACGUUUACGACAACGAUGAACUAGAGGAGGAGGAGGAGGAGGCAGAGCAAGAGGAGGAACAUUGCUAUGAGAACAUAGCUAACGAGUUGACCACGACAUUUAGGGUCAAGUCGCCAUCACCGGGCAGCUACGAGCGUAAAACCGAUUUGCAACGCGAUGCGCAGAUACUAAGCGAGAUGACACGCAACGCUGAUCAGACAAUGAAAGCCCUCUCCGAUGAGGCUGCUUUCAAGGAUCAGCGACGCCGUUCCUGCUCGCUGCAGCGGCGCAGCGCCAUGCCUUUAGCCACCAUCGACGAGAAGGUCAAGGCCGAUGCCAAGGCAUUAAGCGUCGCUCGCGGCACCUUCGCCUCAGAGGCACGACGCAAUUCACGACAAUCGACACCCUCGCCAACACGUGCACGCAGCUCGUCUCAGUCGUCGAUUGAAUGCUGUCCACGUGAUCGUUCGCGCUCCAGUUCGCGUGAGUCGAUGACCCAAGGAGGCGGCUCGUCGGAUGAGCAAUUGAGCAAACAGCGCGUAGAGCGCUUGCGCAUGCGCACGCCCAAGCGUGAGAAGACACGCCAUGAACCAACCGAACACCGUUCAUCCAGGCAGAGCAGCAGCAGCAAGGUACGCAGCAGCUCCAGUGCGACGCCAGCUGAGAGCAAGCGUACACACCAUCACAGUCGUCAUCGUGAGAAGGAGCACGGCAGCGAACACUCGACCAAACAUAGUUCAGGCUCGGCAUCGGGCAGUCGACUGUUGCGCGCCAUGCGUGUCACCGAAGAGAGUCGCCCACGCCUCAGCAGCUCACAGCGCACAAGUGAGCGAGAGAAAGAGCGUGAACGUAACCGCGGCUCUGAGAAGCACCGAGAUGAGCUGACACGUUCGCGUGGUCACUCCAGUCGCUCCAGACACAGUGAGCCGAGCGCAGCUGCUGUGCACAAGUCGAGCAAAAGCAGUCGCAGCAGCAACAAUCAUGACACAGCAAUGUCCGCACACAGAAAGUCCACAACAGCAGCAGCCACAACUACAGCUAAAGCAAUUGCAACAACAAAAUCCACAACAGCGCACAAAUCAACCACAGCAACAGCACCAGCAACAGCAGCAACAUCAGCAACAGCUACGACACCAAUCAGCACAACAACAACAACCACAACAACACCGCACAACGAACUGACGUACGUAUACGUAACGAAUUUAGCCAAUACACAAACCGCCGAGGAAACCGACUAUGCCAGCAUCGAUGAUGAUGUUGCAACGGCAACACCAACAGCAACAACAACAACAGUCAAGCACACAGAGCACCAAUUGCCACUGCCAUUGCCGCCACCGCGUCGCAAACGCAAACGUUCGCUAUUGCCCGUGCCCAUACGUUCCACAGCCACGCCCACUGUCGCCUACGAGCAUCGCAUUAAGCAGGAAAUGAUACCACAAGCGCCCAGCUACUCGAAUCAAUCGACAUUGCGCUGCAAGCAGCCAGCGCGCAAAUCAUCGCUGAAAUGCACACAAUCGACCAGUUCGAGCUUUGCGUUUCUGCCCUAUUUGCCAGCCAAGCGCAAUUCGAACGUUAGCCAUGUCUACGACAACUAUUUGCUCUACGCAACGCCUGCCACUUUGACGGGCAGCAAACUUCGACCCUAUCAACACAAUUUGAGCAACGAUCAUGCCCAGCUUUUUGGUAGCAGUGGCCGUGGCGGCGGUAUUGUUGGUGGCAAUGGAAGUGGUCCGCUGGCUGGACGGCUGGGUAGCUGGCCGAAGCGUUUGCGCAUGCGGCAGGUGCGCAGCAGCGUCUCAACGCACCAGCCCUUCGGCAUCUGCACAUGUUCAUAGUCAGCGCUGGAGCAGGCCAAAAACCAAAUAGCAAGUCGCACAUGGAUGGGCGCAAACCGGAUCUCGUCACAAUUAACAGACACUGACACAGUCGAAGUCGCAGUCAAAGUCACAGUUUUUCGCUCACGUUUAACAACCUUUGCACGCCAACAAUAUUUCUACCUUUAUAUAUAUUUAUUUUUUGGGCAUUCUUUGAUAUUUACCUCACGAAACGCAGCACGCAAAUCACCACGAAAUAUUAAACAAAUUAUUUAUCGAAAUGAACGAUUCGCAGUUAUCUAACCUGUGUUCCUCCCCCAUACUAAUACUACUUAAAAAUUCGAGCGGGCAACAGACAGUGUAAAAGGGAUUGAUACAGGGAGAGAGAGAGAGAGAGAGAGAGAGGGAG